UAAUCAUCAUUAUACAAUGACCGAGAGAAUAUUUAAAACACAUAAAUCUAGUAAAGUAGAGUACUCAUUUACGCCAAUAAAAAGAGAGAGAUUGAGAGAGAGUCUGUGCCUCUCCUCGUGUCUUCUUGCUCCGCCGUUGACAAAAAAAAAGAAUAAUAUGGAAGUAGCUACUAUUCAGAGGUUUCAGUGCUCAUCAUGGAUUGAUUUGAGGACUUUUGAAGGGAAGCCUCGUGGUUCUCUGAGGUAUUCACUGAGAUUUAACGAAGAUAAAAGGCUUAAAGUUGUUUCUUUAGCUCUUGACAAGAGAAGGGACCAUCGACUAAGAUCUGUUUCUGAUAACAACUCCUCAGUGUUGGAAACUGGAAGUCUUCUUCAUUCUCCAUCUGAUGAAGAACAGAUUUUGAAGCUUCUGCAGAGAAAAGCUGAAGAGGUUAAACCAUAUUUAAAUGGACGAUCUAUUUAUCUUGUUGGAAUGAUGGGUUCCGGGAAGACCACAGUGGGAAAGAUUAUGGCAGGAGCACUUGGUUAUACAUUGUUUGAUAGUGACACUUUGAUCGAGCAAGCGAUGAAUGGAACUUCUGUAGCUGAGAUAUUUGAGCAUUUCGGUGAGAGUGUUUUCAGAGAAAAAGAGACCGAGGCACUAAAAAAGCUCUCUUUGACGUAUCAUCAAGUUGUUGUUUCGACCGGGGGAGGUGCUGUCAUAAGACCCAUCAAUUGGAAGUAUAUGCAUAAAGGUAUUAGCAUUUGGCUAGAUGUUCCUUUAGAAGUCUUAGCGCAUAGAAUUGCUGCGGUAGGAACUGAUUCAAGACCAUUAUUACAUGAUGAUGAGUCAGAAGACAUAUACACAGCGGCUUUAAACCGUCUUUCAAAAAUUUGGGAUGGACGUGGUGAAGCAUACAAUAAUGCCAACGCGAGAGUUUCCUUGGAGAAUAUUGCAUUGAAGCUCGGUUAUAAAAGCGUCUCAGAUCUUACACCAACUGAAAUCGCCAUUGAGGCCUUUGAGCACGUUCAGAGCUAUUUAGACAACAAAGAUGGUAUAGCUAGACCCGAUGGCCUCUAGUUCCACAAUGACAUGUGUCCCCGCAAAAUCUCAUCAAACGUGUUAUCAGAGCUUAGUUGUGCCUAGUUUUGAGUGUUGUAUAUAAAUGAAUAAUAAUACUAUAUUUGAUCACAUUGUUUUCGUUUCCUCUUGGCCAAAAAAAAAGAAGAGGAAAUUUGUAUUUUAUAAUAAGAAGCCCUUGUGCAACAACUUCAUCAGCUAGUCAUCAAGAAAAGAGAAAGCCAGUUAUGUGUAA